ACAACCAAUGCCACAUGAUCACGUGUUACUACUUCUUCUCUUGCUUAGUGUGCUUUCUUCUUACAACACACUUGUAUAAUACAUACACAAAAUACACAUACACACAUACAAGUCCAAGAAUACACAGCUGGUCCAGUUAUCGACAAAUAUGGCAGCAGCUCGAAGAAUCUCCGGCCUCAUCUCCCGGUCCCUUUCUUCACGUCCCUUUUCAUCUUCAAUCCUUUCUCAAGGAAACAGAUCUAAUUUGGGAAGUAAAGUAUCAAGAUAUAGUACUGCUGCAGUACUUGAAGAACCAAUAACUCCACCUGUUAAGAUUAAUGACACUCAACUUCUCAUUAAUGGGAAAUUUGUUGAUGCAGCUUCUGGAAAGACAUUUCCAGCCUAUGAUCCCCGUACCGGGGAAGUCAUAGCCAAUGUAGCUGAAGGCGAUGCAGAAGAUAUCAAUCGUGCAGUUGCAGCUGCUCGCAAGGCUUUUGAUGAAGGCCCCUGGCCUAAAAUGACUGCUUAUGAAAGAUCGUGUGUAUUACUAAGAUUUGCUGAUUUGGUGGAAAAACACAAUGAUUCUUUAGCAGCUCUUGAGACAUGGAAUAACGGGAAGCCUUAUGAACAGGCAGCCCAAGGCGAAGUACCAAUGUUUGCACGUUUAUUUCGCUAUUAUGCUGGUUGGGCGGAUAAGAUCCAUGGUAUGACAGUUCCAGCAGAUGGACCUUACCAUGUGCAGACUUUGCAUGAGCCAAUCGGGGUUGCGGGUCAGAUUAUCCCAUGGAAUUUUCCUCUUCUUAUGUUUGCUUGGAAAGUCGGACCUGCCCUUGCUUGUGGCAACACAAUUGUUCUAAAAACAGCUGAACAAACUCCAUUGACCGCUCUUUAUGCUGCAAAGUUGCUUCAUGAGGCUGGUCUUCCUCCUGGCGUCCUUAAUAUUGUUUCAGGCUAUGGUCCGACUGCUGGUGCAGCUCUUGCUAGCCAUAUGGAUGUUGAUAAGAUUGCUUUCACAGGGUCAACUGAGACUGGUAAAAUUAUACAAGAAUUGGCUGCAAAAAGCAAUCUUAAGCCAGUGACUUUAGAGCUUGGGGGUAAAUCGCCUUUUAUCGUGUGUGAGGAUGCUGACAUUGAUCAGGCUGUUGAGCUAGCACACUUCGCUCUCUUCUUUAAUCAAGGUCAAUGUUGUUGUGCGGGUUCUCGUACAUUCGUUCAUGAGAGUGUACAUGAUGAGUUUUUGGAGAAAGCAAAAGCACGUGCUCAAAAACGCAGUGUUGGUGAUCCUUUCCAGAAGGGCAUUGAACAAGGCCCUCAGAUAGACUCUGAACAAUUUGAGAAGAUUCUACGUUACAUAAGAUCAGGAGUCGAAAGCAAUGCUACCCUUGAAUGUGGUGGCGAAAGAUACGGCUCUAAAGGUUACUACAUCCAACCAACUGUUUUCUCUAAUGUCAAGGAUGAUAUGCUGAUAGCUCAAGAUGAGAUCUUUGGCCCGGUUCAAACCGUCCUGAAAUUCAAUAAGCUUGAUGAAGUGAUAAAAAGGGCAAACGCAACACGAUAUGGUCUUGCAGCUGGUGUGUUCACCAAAAACAUUGAUACAGCAAAUACAUUGACCCGGGCAUUGAGGGCUGGGACUGUUUGGGUGAAUUGCUUUGAUGUUUUUGAUGCUGCAAUUCCAUUUGGAGGGUACAAGAUGAGUGGUAUUGGAAGGGAGAAGGGUAUAUACAGUCUUCACAAUUAUUUACAGGUGAAGGCUGUUGUUACAGCGUUGAAAAAUCCGGCUUGGUUGUAACUUUCUGAAUGUGUACUAUAUAUGUUUGUUAUAUAGUACUUGAGAAUUUGGAUGGAUGCUGUAAGAAUAAUAAUCACUCUUCGUUUCUGGUUCAUAAUCUUAUAUUGAAGUGAAGUGAUAAGAUUUUGUUGAA